AUGGCCAACAUCGACGACAACAACAACAACAACAACAACAACAUGAACAACGAAGACGUUAUCGAUGUUGAUCUUACCCUAAGAUUGGGAUUACUGCCCUAUCAAGAAAAUGCAAGAGUCGAUAACCUUGCCGCACCAAACGAGCAGCCGUCUGAACAGGUGAACCGAGCAGCGUCUCCGGCUGCACCUAGGAGGCACAAUCAUAUUGGAGACGAAGAUAAAGUCUGCAAUGCAUGUGGAAUUACGAAUACUCCUGUCUGGCGGAAAGGCCCCGAUGGUCCCAAAACUCUGUGCAAUGCGUGUGGGCUAAAGCACUCUCGAUCUGUGAGAAGGGGCGCUCAGUAA